AUGAUUGCUGGCGGGACCGGCAUAACGCCAAUGCUGCAGAUAAUUACAGCCAUACUCAAAAAUGUUGACGAUAAGACUCGGAUUAGUUUACUUUUUGGCAAUCAGUCUGAAGAAGAUAUCCUCUGCAGGAAGGAACUAGAUGAUCUGGCUUCGAUGCAUAGCGAUAGGUUCACUGUCCGGUAUACUGUUGAUCGUCCCCCGGAAAACUGGAAGUUUUCCGUUGGUUUCGUGAAUGAUGAAAUGAUCAAGGAGCAUCUCCCACCUCCUUCGGAUGACUCUGCUGUGUUCAUGUGUGGGCCUCCACCGAUGAUCACUUUCGCUUGCAAUCCAAGUCUUGAUAGGCUCGGCUAUAGUGUUAACAAUAGAUUCAACUUUUGA